CAGGUUAUUUAUUUAAGGCCAUUGGAUUUUCCGCUCUUUUCCUCGGCGUCCUUUCAGCGAACAAGAUGUCUCUUAGCAAGAUGUCUCGCGGAGAUCAACGCCACAAAUCCAAUCCUCACCAGGGAAACGACCGUGUCGAAAAUUUUGCCGACGAAUAUGUUGUGGAGAAAAUUCUCGGUAAGCGCUUCUACCAUGGGCGUCCCCAGGUGCUGGUGAAAUGGGUCGGUUUACCGGACGAGGACAACUCUUGGGAGCCGAUGGAAAACGUCGCCAACGCCAUGCGCCUCCUUUGCGACUUCGAGGCGGAGCGCUACAGACUGAAGGAGAGCGCGCUGGCGACACUCAAGAAGGACUUACCGCUUAGUCCCAGCACCAGCGCAGUGUCUCUGGUUGACCAGAGUCCCAAAAGAACUUCCAAACCUGAAAUGAAAUCCAAGGGAAAGCAGGAUAGCACUUUAUCCACAGUUGGUGAUGAAGAAUCGAAAAAGAAGUUUCAAGGAAAGUGGAAAGGUAGUCGCCCACCCGCCACACCUAAACAAAGUAAUAAUAGCACACCCAAAGCCUCUAAGGAGCUGCCGAGCUGUAGCCAUUCUGGAAAUGUAUCCAAGGCGACCUUCAACGAGAAACGUCUGGAAACACCAAAAACUGGAAAGACGCCCAGCGCUGCCGGCCUCCAGCGCCACUUCAGAGUUCUAAACUUGAGCGAAUCCAGUGAUGAGGAGACCGAGGCGGCAACGUCUUUGGACUACCAACGAACUAGUUCUCCCAAGCUGAGCUUACCAAAGCCUCGUUGCCCUCUAGCUUUCCCUGAGGAUGCACCACAGAUGGCACAACCCAUUGCCCCAACUGUGCCGCAACAAAAAGAAGCGGAAGACCUUGAGAAUGCCACCGAAGAUUCAGUUUCGGACAGCUCCUCGUCCGACUCUUCAUUGGCAUCAUCAUGCAACAGCACGUGCUCAUCGGGAUCCUCCAGUUCCAGAUCCAGAUCUUGUAGCUCAUCAUCAACUUUGUCCGAAGGCCCACCACCAGCUCCUGAGAAAGCUUCACUGGACAGUAUAAGAAAAGAGGCUCGUAAGUGGGACGCCGAAAAGCGGGUAGCCAAAUUUAACGAUCUUAAUCCGAAAAGUGUCAGCCCCAAUAUUGUUACCAGUGACACUACACAGGCAGUGCCUAAAAAGAUUCGUCGGCAGAGUUUACAGGAAUACCAGCCACCUGUCGAGGAUCCCAUUGAUUCAGAACUGCAGCGCAUACACGGCAGUCUAAGCCAGCAGCAGAGCAACUGGGGCCUCCCCGAACCAUCAUUGAAGCCACUAGAAAAGCAAGAAAAAUCUGGAAAGUCAGCGGUGCGGCGCAAGAAACACUCUACAAACAAGGAGUUGAGCAUGCUUCUCGCAGACCAGCAGGAGCGUGCUCUAUCUCAGCCUGUCAAGUUGGACAUUAAGGAUGAGCCGAUGUCGCCACCGCUGGAGAAGUUCGAGGGCUUGGUGCGCAACAAUGCCAACACGACCCCGCGCCCGAGGAGCAGCCAGGUCUCGCAAGUCGGAAAGAGUCGCGACUGGAGAAUGCCGGAGCGCAAGGCACCCUUCGGAUUGAGCCGCGGCCUGGAGCUGGAUAAGGUAUGUACAAUUUUUGACCAACGCAGGGAAUUCUCAGCGAAAAACAUCAUCUCGACUUCAAGUUCAAGGUCGUAUCAUUAAUCCAACGGAUAUACAAAUACUCUAUUCGUUAUGAGCACACAAGUAAGAAUCCCCAAUGUGUGAUACUAUGUUUUAUGUUUUGCGUACAUGUAGAAGCAUGUACUCAUCAAUGGUUUCAAUGUUAAAAGUAAUCUGAUACCCAAACUUAAUGUCUAAUAAACCAUGUUUGAUUUUCGCUUGACAUCUGA